GUGAAAACCCCAUCUAAUCGGUCUGUCCGAGAGGAACCAGCUCUGAAUGGUGGAACGAAUGCGGUGCAAUUAGCGGCGGUCCUGUCGUGGUAAUCUCCGGGAAAAGAGUGUGGAUCAGAGCGAGAGCAUCCGACGUUCACAGAAGCCGCUGCACGCCUCCAAUAUCAGCUGAAAAAUAAACGCAGGUGAAAAUGGGCAUGUUCAAAGUUCUGCUCAGCCUCGCACACCUCACGAGUCUAUUGGCCGCCGCUGUGAUGAGUCACGAGGGGGCGUGUCUGCAGGAUGGGAGACACAAAGCCACACCCAGCCCAGAGCCUCACCUGAAGCAGUGUUCGCUCUACAUGGAGAACUCGUGUUGUUCAGAGAAGGAUGUCCAGGAUCUGUCCGGCUCUGUGUCCGGCGUAGACAGCUCUCACUGGGAUAAGUGUGGUGUCCUCAGCCCUCUCUGUGAGUCCUUCCUGAAGCGCGUCGCCUGUUUUUACCGCUGUUCUCCUGAUGCCGCUCGCUGGCCACACCCACAUCGUGACUCCUCCCUAAAGGCGGUGCCUCUGUGUCACAGUUUCUGCAGAGAUUGGUACGAGGCCUGUAAAAUGGACAUGACAUGUGCUCGGGACUGGACCACUGACCCGCGUGGACAGAACUGCAGUGGCGGCUGUGUGCAGUACCAACAGAUGUACCAGCACGGCCGAGACCUCUGCGAGAGUCUUUGGGGAGAUGCUUUCAUGACAGUUGAAGAUGACCCCGGGGAGGAAGACGGUGUUGAAGGCCAUAGCUGCGGCUGUCUGACCCUCAGCCCAUCUGACCGAGAGGUGAUCGCUGCUCUGAGGGUUCAGGAAGGAGACCCUGAGGAACUGGACACCACCAAGAGCGGCCUGCCACAGUACAGAGCUCCCUGCCCUCCUGCAGGGCGUCAGACGCGCAGCGCCACAGCCCCUCCACAGGCCCGGAGGAGCAGUGCCAACGCCGUACUGCGCAAGCGCUCUGUACUCACCAGCGACAUGGAGGGCAGCGGAAGUGGCUUCUAGGGGAGUUCUGUUCUAGAUCAGAAUGUUUGUUAAUCAGUGUUUUAUCUUAUCAGUUGAGUUUACAGUAAACUAAUGCAGUGAGGUUUCUACAAUAUUGUCUAUUUAACAGAGUCAACAAAACACUCCUGUGUAGACUAAAGCUACAUCUGUAACAUCAAAUCCCGCUUAAUUUAACCAUUAAAAGUUGAACUUAGAUCUGAAUAACACUUUACAAUAAGAUUUCCAUUGCUAACAUUAGUUAACUACACUAAUAAACGUGAACGAACGACAAACAAUACUUCUACAGCAUUUGUUAAUUUAAAAUAAUGUUAAUUUAAACAGUUUUGAAAUCAAAAGUAUCUGUUAACAUUAUUGCACUGUGAACUGACAUGAAUAUUAACAUUAACAAACAAUAACAAAGAUUAAUAAAUGCUGUAAUAAAAGUAUUGUGUGUUAGUUCAUGUUAAAAAAGUUUGGCAACACAUACUGCAAUGAAAAAAAAAGGUGUAGAAACAAAGAAAUGGUUAGUAACAAUUACAAAGAAAUUAACAAGAUAAAUUAAACGUGAAAUUUUAUCACAUCAUUUCAAUAGGAAUUCACAAGCUCAGGAAAGUCAAGUGAGGGUGAAAGAUUGUCCCACACAAAUUUCGCACAGAUUUUCCCGCGCUGACUAGUGCUACCAAGUCCGCGGUUUUCCCGCUAUUUUUAUUUUUUUAUUUUUUCCCCACUGUUCUCGUGGGUUGUUGUUUUAGACCCAUUUUGGUAGCAAAUGUUUCUAGUUUUGGCCGUGAUUCGAGUUUUGAGUAGAAAUUGGGCUGGUUUUUGUUAUGCAGACCUGGCAACCCUGGCAAGACUAAUAGAAAGAUUCUCGCUUUGAAAAUGACUUCUUUGCGCUUCAUAGCUACACUACAACACUGGUGAUGGAUAAUUACACACCUUAAUGUAUUAAAUAAUGCCAACAAGGAGCUCAUUGUAAAGUGUUAAAUAUUCUGUUUCACUUGGAAUUGAUGUGCUUUCAAUAAAAUGGGUUUCAACGGUUUAUUCAGUGUAGUUGCUCACUACAUGAAAGCACAUCAUAACAUUAUUAUGGGAUUUUUUUAAAUUUUUUUUUUUUGGCUCGCUUUAAACUUAAAUGUUGCUGUUGUCAAUUGUUUCUAGGCCUAUAACUGUGAUAUUUCACGAUAAUCUGCUCUACUAUCUCAUAAUGUGUAUUAUCACAAUCAUCUGUUACACAGUCGUGUGUGUGUGUGAUUAUGUCGGUACGUUGUGUUAAUUUUUUGCGUAAUGACUUUGUUAGUGAAAAAAUAUGAUUCAGUAUUGACACUGAUAUACAUAAAAAUAAGGCUGUAAAGAAGAAGAAAACCCCGAGAGAAUACUGUAAAAUGUGUUUGACUAUAGAAUGAGUGUAUAUGUAGUUGAUUGUUUUGGCGGGUAGCGCGAGGACAUGUUUUGUUUGUAUGUAAACGACGGUGCGUCGCUGUGCGCGGUCCGAUGUUCUGCUGUUCUGUGGCUGCAGUAAGUAAACAAAUGUGUUUCUAUUCUGAUCUUAUAUGUCUCUAAUUCACAAAUAAAUACAAUUGGAAUUUGUUCUUUUAA